AUGCAUAACAUUGAAUCGGACAGUGAAGAUGAUCUUGCUGGAGGUUGGGAGCAAAAGUCUACUGAAGAUGGAAAUGUAUAUUUUGUUAAUUCAUGCACGAAUAAAGUACAAUGGACACAUCCUACAACAGGACGUAAGAAGGUAAUUCCAAAAGAAUUACCUUUUGGGUGGAUACAAACAUUGGACGACAGUGGCAAAACCUUGUAUGUAAAGCAAGAGACUGGUAGUAAGACGUAUGUAGAUCCAAGACUAGCUUUCGCAACCGAAGAAAAGGCUCAUGUCACUGACUUUCGGCAGCGAUUUGAUUCAUCUACUACUGCAUUCCAGGUUCUACAUGGCAUAGAUUUAUCAGGAAAGUAUGCCCUAAUUACGGGCUGUAAUUCUGGCAUUGGCUAUGAGACGGCUAAAUCACUAGCAAGGCAUGGUUGCAAUAUUCUCAUGGCUAAUCGAAACAUGGAAGCUACUCAGAAUGCAAUAAAAGAUAUUGUGAGAGAUACUAACGCAUCAGAGGAUAAUUUAAAAUCUAUUUACUUAGAUUUGGCAUCUUUGGACAGUGUUAAAAAAUGUGCUUCAUCAGUUAAGACUGUUUUUGCUGACCAUCUUGAUAUACUUAUUUUAAAUGCAGCUGUGUUUGGUCUCCCAUAUACAGAAACAGAAGAUAAACUUGAAACAACAUUCCAAGUUAAUUAUUUGGCUCAUCUAUAUCUAACUCUUCUACUAGAGCCAAUGUUUAAGAAGGGUACUAGAGUUGUGUUUGUAUCUUCAGAAUCUCAUAGAUUCGCUUAUUUGAAAAAUGUGUUUAUUCAACAAAAUAUUGCAAUGACAAAGGAUACAUUUAGCUCUAUGAUGGCCUACAAUAAUUCUAAACUAUAUAUGAUAAUGAUAGCUAAGAUCCUGAGUGAAGAAUGGAAAGACAAAAGAGUUUGUGUUAAUUCUCUGCAUCCAGGAAACUUGGUGUACACAAACCUUUGCAAAUCAUGGUGGCUGUAUAGACUUUUUUUUUCCAUGGUUAGACCAUUUACAAAAUCAUUACAACAAGCAGCGGCAACAACAGUGUAUGUAGCAACAGCAAGUGAAUUAAGUGCGGUAACAGGACUUUAUUUCAAUAAUUGUUUUUACUGUCCUGCGUCAGAGCUUGCCCGAGAUAAGGAUAUAGCCUGGGAAAUUUUCGCCAUCUCUUUAAAAAUGAUUGCCGACCGGAUGGGCACAGAUGCCAUACUAAAAUAUAUUGAUAAAUGUAAAGUGAAGAAUUCUAAUGACAAAACACAAUGA